AAAAUAAAAUUAUGAAAAUAUAAUAAAGGGCCGGUAGGAUAUAAGAGGAAUGCUGUCUUGUUUUAACUCCUCAUCGAUCAUAAUCGCCAUUGCUUCUCUUCUUCCGACUUACCGGAGGGCUCUUCUUCUCAACGGGAAACGGUUAUUUGGAAGCUAAUCUGAAUUUAGAUCAGACACUGGUGUGUUUCUUAACGAUUCUGCCAAAUAUAUUCUUUACUUUUUAGCCUUUUUAUUCAGUAUUAUCUAGCUCAUAUAAAUUAUAAAGCCUGGUCAGUGGGAAUGCUGAACGAUGUGCUUGCAAGUUGAAAAUUACUUGGCUGAGGUUAAUCAAGUGUUAGCUCCAUUUGAUUUUGAGCAGCACUUGUUCGUCCUUGAUGAGUUUCAACUUCAAUGUUUUACUUACACCCCAUUUCGGUUUCCGGCUCAGAAGCCCAGUAUAGGUAGAAUUUUGAGAAAACGGGUGAUGUUAAAGCAUGAUGUGUGUGAAGAUGGUUAAGAGUUUUAUGUUCUCGUGUCAAUCCCAGUCUUAGAGUUUGCUUAGAUAUUGUGUAAUUAACUUUAGGGUAAAAUAGAGCUUUUAGUGUAUAGAGAUUAUCACUCAGAAUGGAAAAUAAAGGAAGCAUAUUGAUGCACCGGUAUGAAAUGGGGAAAUUACUGGGCCAAGGAACCUUUGCCAAGGUUCACCAUGCGAGAAAUCUUGCAACUGGCAUGAGUGUGGCCAUUAAGAUAAUAGACAAAGAAAAAGUCUUGAAGGUUGGGAUGAUUGAUCAGAUUAAGCGAGAAAUAUCUGUGAUGAGGCUGGUUAGGCACCCAAAUGUGGUGGAGCUUUAUGAGGUCAUGGCGAGCAAAACUAAGAUUUACUUUGUAAUGGAAUAUGUUAAAGGUGGUGAACUUUUCAACAAGGUGGCCAAAGGAAAACUCAAGGAGGAUGUUGCAAGGAAAUAUUUUCAACAACUUAUUAGUGCGGUCGAUUACUGUCACAGUAGAGGUGUCUGUCAUCGAGAUAUAAAGCCUGAAAACCUAUUGUUGGAUGAUCAGGGUAAUCUCAAGGUCUCAGAUUUUGGAUUGAGUGCACUUGCUGAAUCCAAGCAUCAAGAUGGGCUACUCCACACAACCUGCGGGACCCCUGCUUAUGUUGCUCCAGAAGUGAUUAAUCGAAAAGGCUACGAUGGAUCCAAAGCUGAUGUGUGGUCAUGUGGAGUUGUCUUGUAUGUUCUACUAGCUGGCUAUCUCCCAUUUCAUGAUUCAAAUCUGAUGGAGUUGUAUAGAAAGAUUGGUAAGGCUGAGUUUAAAUUCCCCACCUGGUUUUCCCACGAAGUACGCCGCUUGUUGUCAAAAAUCUUGGAUCCAAACCCAAGUACAAGGAUAUCCAUGGCAAAGAUAAUGGCAAAUUCAUGGUUUCACAAGGGAUUGGAAAAACGUGUUGCUAAUGAAACAGAAGGAAAAGAACUGACCCCUCUGGAUGCUGAUGCACUUUUUACUCUGAAUGAAAACAACGGUACUGCUACAACAGAGUCGAAGACUGAAUUGGCAAAGCCUUCUAACUUGAAUGCUUUUGACAUCAUUUCCUUCUCUACAGGCUUUGACUUGUCUGGUUUAUUUGAGGAGAGAGAGCGAAGAAAGGAAAUGAGAUUCACCUCCAACAAGCCAGCCUCAACCAUCAUCUCUAAGCUGCAAGACAUUGCUAAACGUCUUAGCUUGAAAAUAAAAAAGAUAGAUGGAGGUUUGCUUAAAAUGGAAGGGUCCAAGGAAGGCAGGAAAGGAGUGCUGGGCAUUGAUGCUGAAAUCUUUGAAAUCACUCCCCAUUUCCAUUUGGUUGAGGUUAAAAAGAGCAGUGGAGAUACUCUUGAGUAUCAGAAGAUGAUGAAACAAGAGAUAAGACCAGCUCUCAAGGACAUUGUUUGGACUUGGCAAGGAGAGCAGCAUCAACAGCAACAGAAUCAAUUAGAACAACCACAACAAGACGAACAGCUAGCACAACCAGAUCAGCAAGAGGUACAGCCUUCUCAAGCCUUCCCAUUGCAGCAGGUUAGCCCAGCUCCAGAUUCAUGAUGAUCAUAUUUAAUUUCUAUGUUUUACAUGGUGCUUCAAGACAUGUAAUUUUUAUUGCUAUUUUUGUGCAUCUUCUUAUGUAAAAGUAUGAUAAUAUCAACUCUCUUGUAUCA